AUGGAGGGAACAAAACAAUUACGCGCAACUGUCAUUUGGCUGUUUAAGGCAGGAAAAAAACCGAUGCAGAUUUUCCGCGAGCUGAAAAGUUUUCAGAUUUUCCGCAAGCUCAAAAAUUUUCCUGCCUAUAGCCGUAGAAAAGUUCACUUUUUAAACGAUCAUCUUCGUAAAUUACGAUGCGAUCGUUGUCCAUUGCUGCUGAGGAGACAUGAUGCCAGGAAGAUACUCUUUACCGACGAGAAAAUUUUUACUGAUGAAGAAAAGUUCAACCGACAAAAUAAUAAAUGUGCGUUAAAAGUAGCAAGGAUAUCCCAGCUUCUGCACGCAAUGUAUCGCGCACUCAUCAUCCGACUAGCAAAAAGCACCCAAGCUUGGUUGAGGGAAAAUGUGCCGGCCUUCAUCACGACGGACAAGUGGCGCUGCUCCAGCUCCUACUUCAACCUGCUGGAUUAUUCUUUAUGGAUUGAAUCAAAGCUCAGGGCUUGGGUGGGCCCAAACUUAAUACCGAUUAAGAAUAGUGGCAUAAAAGAUAUGCAGUCAAUAGUGGCUCUGCCACACAAACCACUAUGGGUGGCGGUGGUGGGCAAUGAUAAAGCUGGUAUUUUGGAUAUAAAAACAAAGAGACAUGUCAGGGUAGUUCCUCGCUGGAAUGGAGCAAGCACUAGAGACGGAAAAGUCGGCUUAUGCGCGCCGACUCGAGGUGGCUUAGAGCUGAUCGAAUUAAAACGAGGUGCAACCGUUCAGCAGCUGAUCACGAGAGCCGCCGAAGGAGUCUUCUCUAUUAUAACGAUGUUCAGCUCUACCGAUCAGUACGCGUUCUACUACCAUAGUGGCAGGAAAUCUUUAAGGGUUUUCAGAACCAUCGAUGGUAAAGCUAUAGCAGAGUAUCGGGCGCCAGCAGAGGUCACUGGUGUGGCGAGUGCGCACGGGGGCAAAGCCGUGGCCAUAGCCUCACAAGAUGGAUGCCUCACCGUUUUGAACAUAGUGGACCCCCAUGAAUAA